AUGGCCGAUUCUACAGCUCUAGUACCAACAAAUGCGUGGGAAACGCACAUCCACGUUUUCGAGCCAGAGAAGUUCCCAUUUUCGCCUACUCGAGCCUACACCCCGGCGACUGCCACUCUCAAGCAAUACUCAGCAUCAGCGACUGGAUGCACCAACAUUGUCAUUGUUCACGCCACCGUUCAGGGCCUCGAUCCGGCACCAGUUCUUGAUGUACUGGCUGCGAAGUCCGUGCAAGGAGAGCCACAAGGCUUGCGAAGAGGACUUGUGGUGCUUGAUCUGAAGAAGCAUACGGACGAAGACCUAGACAAGCUCCACGCAGCGGGAGUUCGCGGCAUCCGCAUGCAUAUGGUGUCCUGGGGUUUCGGCGCUCAGCCGACGGACUCUGAAGUGGCUGAAAGGCUCCGAUAUGCCGCUGGACGUCUCAACCGUUUGAACUGGGUCGUCGACGUAUACGUUCACCCCAAGACAUGGCUCGCUCUGGCGCCUACCAUUGAAGACCUGCCGCCUUCCACUAGAAUCGUCGCAGACCAUUGGGCUUGUCUUCGACCUGGCGAUGAAGAGUCGGCGGAAUGCCAGGCGAUUCUUCAUCUACUGCGCAGCAAACGCAUCUUCGUAAAGUUGUCCUCGACAGAGCGACAAAGUUCGAAACCAGAAAGCAUAGAAUCUACGAGGCACCUGACCAAGCUUCUCGCCGAAGCUGGGCCCGACAGGCUCCUCUAUGGCUCUGACUGGCCGCAUACAGCGUUGCCGGGACCACGCCUAAGCAAGACUCACGAACAGCGGCUGACAGAUGUGGAGGAGUUCCGCAAGGUGGAUCUCGCCUCUCAUAUCCGUCAUCUUCGAGAAUGGAUCCAGGAUGAGCAGGUGUGGCAGGAUCUAUGGGUUAACACUCCACGUAGACUGUUUGAAUGA